AUGCCUUCAACGACGACGAUCGCUGCGGCUGCGGCGACCACAACCCACUCAACCACAUCCAAUGCCACGUCGAAAUCCAAACAAGAAGAAGCCGACGCCCUAGACAUCUACGACGAGAUAGAGAUCGAAGAUAUGACCUUCGACAAGACACUUCAACUCUACCACUAUCCCUGCCCAUGCGGUGACCGGUUCGAAAUCGUCCUCGGUGAUCUCAGAGACGGCGAGGAUAUCGCCGUCUGUCCCAGCUGCAGCCUCAUGAUCAGGGUUAUUUUCGAUUUGGAUGAUUUGCCGAAAGAAGAGAAGCAGAAAGCUUGA